UCCCCCUGGGCUAUCGCCCGUGGGCCCAUCGCUGCUCCCUAAUCCCUCUCAUGACGCCAGAUAUGUGGCAGCAGCAGCUGAGUGACACCAGGGAGUGGGCGGCGCGCUGUGUGGAGGACAGCUGCCUCUUCCACUACCGCAGGGAGCUGCUGUGCGCCUUGCUACGAUCCACUUCCUCACACUCCUCCUCCUCCUCCUCCUCCUCCUCCGUUUCUUGUGCUAGCAGCACCACUAGCAUCAGCAAUGCGACCACCAGCACCAGAAAUGGGACCUUUAGCACCAGCACUAGCGCCACUAGCACUAGCACUAGAACUAGCACCAAUGCCAACACCAGCGCCGACACGAACACCAUCGGCAGUGGGAAGUCACCAUCACCAUCCCCCUCAGCAUCCUCAUCAGCCGUUACGCACGCUGCUAGUUAUGUACAGUCAGGGCACACCCACGUACACUCAGCAGCAUCACCAGUACAGUCAGCUGUCUCACUGUCCCUGCUGUCAGGAAUCUGGCUGGAAGAGUGGUGCUGCCUCCUUUCACUAAUCCACCGGUAUCCAAACAGGGAGGCACUCUGGACCCACCGGCGCUUCCUUGCACUCUUCUGGUGCUGCCACCUGUCACCGCCUGAUUGGCUCUCGCCCCAGCACCUCCUGAAGCAGCAGCAGCAGCAGCAGCAGCAGCAGCAGCAGCGUGGGAAUGGCAGAGGCGGAACAGGAGCUGGCCUUGUGGUGAUGGAGAGAGGAAAUCUAGAGGAGAAAGAGGAAGGGGUUGUUGACAGGAGAGGAAAGGGAGGGGAUGGAGAGGGGAGCGGGAAGGGAGUAGAGGGGGGGCAGGACGGAGAGGAUACUUGGAAGAAGGCGGUUCAAGGGGUAGAGGUGAAGUGCUGUGAGGAGAUGGAUAGGGAGGUGAGGGAGGUGGUGCGUGGUGGUGAGGGGAGCCGCAGCAGCAGGGAGAUAGAGCAGGGAGUGGGGGACAGUGCAUGUGGGGAUGCCAGGGAGUGUCUUGAUGCUGCUGCUUCUGGAAGUGGGAGUGGGAGUGGGGGUGGCGGCGGCAGCAGCAGCAGUGCAACGGAUGAGGAGCGCAGGAGAGGAGAGGAGCUGCGGUUGAGCUACUGCCUCUGGAUGCUCAAGCAGCUAAUGCAGAGAACUGUUCCCAUCCGCACCACAUGCGUCACACAAACCACCACCACCACCUCCGCAACCAGUAGCAGCAGUACAGAUCCCAGUGCGGAGGACAACUCUCAUGGGAUUUCUGUGAGGACUGUCGUCACAUGCACCUUUCCCACCAGGAGCAGCACCACGGGGGUUGCUCUAUGCACACCGCUCAGGACCACCGAAGUCACCACCACCACCAGAAGAAGUAGUGGAGGCAGCAGCAGCAGCAGCAGCAGCAGAUGGGGGAAACCGCGAACGUGCACUGUUCAGCUGGGAAGUCUUGACAAUGCUGCUGCUGCUGCUGCUGGGAAUACUGCAGCGACCGCUGCUCCUACCGCCAGGGUUGUCACUAUAUCUAAUCCAGACGUUUUUGGUUUAGAAGCAGAGCUCAAUACCACAGGCUCUCAGAUCAGCUCCCAUGCCUCACAAGCUCCAUGCACUGGGAAUACCUCUAGUGGCACUGGCAGCAAAGCAGCUGGAGCAGCAGCAGGGGUGGCUGGGCGGGAGUGGUUUGAAUGCUGCAUUCGGAGACGGCAGCACCUUUUGUCUCUCUUGUCUGCCAUCUGCCCAUGGCGUGCCGCCAUGUGGAGUGAGCUCUGACACCAGUAUACACGAAGCACGUGCGUCACAUGUGUAUCGCUCUUCGACUCUUGGAUCUAGACCUAGUUCCGUUCUGUGUUUUUUUAUUAGACUGCUUCGUUCUGGUUCCUUGUCCUGCUGAUUGAUAGCAACACCGUUAA